AUGAAUGUGGAUAUUGGCCAAUGUGCGAUAGAUGCUGUUGUUCUGGUGUUUAACGGUUUGAAUGUCAAAUCAGGGAAACCCGUCGUAAGAUCAAAUGGCAUUAAGGAAUGGACGGUAUUAGCUGGGGUUGUUGGGUUCAUUGAGAAGGAAGAUGGUAUAGAAACAGUUCCAUUGACGGUAGCGACGGGAGUUAAGGCAUUACCAGACAAAUAUCGAGACUUUUCUGAUGGUCUUUUUGUUCACGAUCUGCAUGCUGAGAUCUUGGCACUUCGUCUAUUCAAUUGGUUCUUGGUGGAAGAGUGCUUGAAGAUAAGGAAUGGUGAAAAAUCUGAUGUUAUAGAGACACUUAUUGAUAGUGACAAGUUCAGAUUGAAAAACGAAGUCAAAUUGGGAUUAGUAGUUACAGAACCACCUUGUGGAGAUGCAUCUAUGGGAUACCUAGUGGAAGGACAAGAGGAUAAAGAACCAUGGAAAGAUGAGAGAAAAGAAUAUCAAGAGAAUCAACUCCCAGUCAAACGAAGGAAGUUGAAGGACAUUAGCAGAGGUCGGGGCCAUUUCGACAAGUUAGGUAUCGUACGAACUAAACCUGGUCGUUCGGAUAGUCAAAUUACCCUCAGCAAAUCUUGUUCUGACAAGCUCUGUAUUCGGCAAUUGACCGGGAUUACCAAUUCGCUCUCUUCUACCUUGUUUCCAGAAAAAAUCUACUUGGAUUACUUGAUAUUACAGAAAGACAAAUUUCUUGAUGAUGAUGUUAAGCGGUGCUUUGCUACAAGGUUCGCAGACCAGCUUGAACCUGAAGCAAGAUUUCGUCGUCUUCAGACGAUCACUUACAAGAAAGACGCUUACGAUUUCCAUAAACCAGAGAGCAAAGAUUCUUCUAACUAUUCACCCUCUCCUUUGUCUUUGCUCUAUGUAGUUCCUUACAAAAUGGUCCAGGUGCUACAGAAUGGCGUUCGUAAUGGUUCUUUUGUUAAGGGAAAGCCUCCCAGAAAAGGAGGAGAGUCAUUUAUUUGCAAUCGUCAGUUGUACAAACAAUUGCAAGCUGUUCGUGAUGUAAAAGGUAAUAACUAUAUCGAAUUCAAGAAUUCACUUACUGAAAGAAAUCUCUGCAAACAAAUGGCCACUUCUAUUUUGCACAACUGGACCCCUACAUCUUCAGAUAGCUUUGACUUCUCUAGUAUCUGA